GUGAAAACUAGUGAGGUUACUUGUUAUCAAAUCUUCGUAUCAGGGGUUGGAAAAAGAGGUUGUUGGAAAUAUCUUGCAAAAGAUUGAAGAUCCUCACUUCAUUGCUAGACUGUGCCUUAUUGCAUUACUAACUAUAUCUACUAUUUCUGGAUUUUGCUUCUUUUGUGUUGAUACCCUUAUGGCUCAGACCAGACCUGCUUUACUUAGAUUGUAGUGGUAUCAAGCAUAAUGAAAGCUCUUCGAUUAUUAACUCUACUUCGUGUAAGAGAAGUGCUCCAACAGCCUCCUGUAAGAUGUAAAUCUUUCAACAUUAAUAGCAGUACAGAAUUUAAUGAAAAGGUUAUGAAUUCUGUUGUACCCGUAGUGGUAAACUUUCAUGCAGAGUGGUGUGACCCCUGUCAUAUUCUUACUCCAAAACUAAGAGACCUCCUUGAAGGUUCUGAACAGGUUGACUUGGCAAUUGUAGAUGUUGAAUCUAAUGCUGAUCUAGUUCAUACUUUUGAAGUGAAAGCUGUUCCAGCUGUGAUUGCUAUAAAAAAUGGACACGUUAUUGAUAAGUUUAUUGGCCUUGUUGAACAUGAAGCAAUAGUUGAACUUGUUAAAAAACUUGUAGAAAACUAGUUUUAAAAAUUAAAUAAUGUUUUGUAUAAAUUAUUAUAUAGUUUUGUAUUUUCACAUCUUAACUUUCUGAUGUUGGGUUGUUAUAUUUAGAAAUUUAAUUAUACUGUUUAUUUGUACAUUAACAUAUUCAAUGGAUAUUUUAAUAACCUACUCAUCACUUUUUG